CGAACAGCGAGUAGUGAACGUCAGACGACUGACGUGGACGGCCGUAUACACGCUUGUUAGUGCCUCGUUUGACAGCCGCUGAAAAAAUAUUUCGCGCGUCUUUUGACAACUGUUAAGAACUUUUCUAUGUUCGAUAUUUGAACUUUUGCGUGUGCGUUUUUGAAGAUUGUUUGGUGGUUAUAUUAGUUUUUAUAUGUGUUGAUUACUGGCUGUUUGAGGCCGUUAAGACGUUAUUAACAAUUAAGUGAUGAAUCAGCGUGUGCCGGCUAAUUAACUGCGUCUAUACUUCCACUAACAAACUACUAUUAGACAACUCUAUAAGCGCCGAUUAUUUGACGUCACCGUACCGGCACGCCAGCAAGCUGUUUUACCCUUACCUGAAAACGUCCUCCCUUCAAAGGGACUUCCUUUUUGCCAGUGGCUCCGACGAGUCGGGAUGCGAGGCUGAUAUGUUGGAGAGUGCAGAGGUGGGACAUUCGCCGUCUCGCCCCCAACAAGAGCCCAUCAACCUUAAGCAUGAGCAGGCGGAGUCGGAUCGCGAGAGCGGCGCCAGCUCACCGGAGGGUGGUGGUGCGCGUGCGCAGAAAGCUGAGAGGAGUCCCUCCCCGCGCACCCGCACCCCGCACCAGCACCUGAAUGGCUCCAUGGCGUCGAUGUUCCAAAAUCUGCAAAACUUGGCCAACAUGCAACAGGGGAUGCCAAUGUCGCAGCAGAUGUCUCAACUGGCUGCCAACCUGCAGGGGCUCACCUCGAUGCCAUCUAACCCUGUCAUCAAUUCACCACUCAACUUGAGUGUCAGUGCACCAGGUAUGGGCUCCCCGAAUCCAGUGAACAAUAACAACAUGCUACCCCCAGCGAUGCCGUCGCCCAUGCCACAGCUGAUCCUGGCAUCAGGUCAGCUGGUGCAGGGUAUCCAAGGAGCACAACUGCUGAUACCAACUUCUCAAGGAAUAGCUACGCAGACCAUCUUGACAAUACCGGUGAAUCACGUCAACUCAAACGACCAGAUGGUAAAUCUAGCACUAAACAACGGGCAGGUUGUGUCAACGUCACUAGCAAACCUCCAAGCAAUGGCCCAACCGCAUCAGCUACUCAACUCAAACGCACCGCAAACGCCAAACAUUCGGCCAAACAUGUUAAACCCAAGUCUAUCCAAUGCGCUGCUAAAUCCUGGCCUGCCGAACUUCUUAUCCAACGGUGCUACAAACGCGCAAGAACUCUUACAAGCGCUUCAACAACCCCAAAGCAACCAUAGCCUUCUGCAGACUGUGCAACAGAAUAAUAUGUCGCAGCAAAUGCAGGAUAGAAGAUCUUCUUCACCAAGAAUCGAGAGGCAUUAUAAAGAGCGAGAAAAUUUCGAAAGAUUUGCAGCAGUUUCUAGAGAACGAAAUGAGAGAGAAAACUCCGGACCGGCGAUAAACAGUAUUAAUAGGCUUGCGUCAUCGAAUGGCGAGAUAACAAUAACGACGUCUAAUGCGAAUGCUGGACCUGGAAGCAGCACUGGCAGCGUCAGCUCUGGACCACACACGUCACCUCACGCGCCUCUCAAGUUGUCACCUAGCUCGGUCAAGUCUCCAGCGCACGAUGACGACCUACUCGCUGAUUCACCAAAUCAACCGACAAUCAGUCAAUCGUCGGGCAACGUGGUAGAUGGCAUCAAUCUAGAAGAUAUAAAAGAAUUCGCUAAGGCUUUCAAAUUACGACGGCUUGGUUUAGGGCUCACCCAGACACAAGUUGGGCAAGCUCUUUCUGUUACUGAAGGCCCAGCUUAUAGUCAAAGUGCAAUCUGCAGUGCCCUGGCUUCGCAGAUGCUAGCAGCUCAACUGUCGUCUCAACAACAAAACAUAUUUGAGAAAUUGGAUAUAACACCAAAAAGUGCGCAGAAAAUCAAACCAGUCCUUGAACGUUGGAUGAAGGAGGCAGAGGAGAGGUAUGCGACGGGCCAAAAUCAUUUGACAGAUUUCAUCGGUAUGGAGCCAAGUAAAAAGCGUAAACGGCGCACCUCAUUCACACCGCAAGCUCUGGAACUCUUGAACGCGCACUUUGAAAGGAAUACUCAUCCAUCUGGGACAGAAAUAACCGGUCUUGCACAUCAACUAGGCUACGAACGGGAAGUCAUUAGAAUAUGGUUCUGCAACAAACGCCAGGCUCUCAAGAACACAGUCCGCAUGAUGUCAAAAGGAAUGGUCUAAAGAUUUUAAUUUGGAAUUUAGGUUUUAUAAUUUAAUUUAAAUUUUGAUGGAAUGUUUUAGCUCCUACAUAUGGGCACUGUAGAAGUAUUGGAAUUCUAAUUGUUUGUUUUGUCCCUUUUGACAAUGACAUGAGAAAUCUGGUAAUAAUUAUUUUUCAUUAGAGUAAAACAAACCUAAAGUUAUGAAUUCGAGAACUCGAAGGAAUGUUUGUGGCUUAGAUUAAUGAUUCUUCUCCGCUGCGCUCCAACUUGAUACCGCAGGCGUAGUCGAAAAGUGCGGCAACUAAUACUAUGCCCAAGUGUGCGUACUCAAGCCAAUCUUGAACGAUGACGUUGACGUGCCACAUGUUCUAUUAACUCUGCUAAUAAUUGAAACUAAAAUGCCCAGUCACGAAGUAGGACUUUGUAAAAAUAGUACUGCAAGAAAUAAGAAACACACUGGGAUCAUUAUCAUCGGUAGGUAUUUUGUAUUUUAUUAAUUUCAAUGUAAAAUAACACGGAACAACGAUGUUACAAAAUUUAAAAGAUGCCAUUGAGUGUCAAGAUGCCAAGCACACAAGCAUCUAAUAAUUGCCGUGAUAAAUAAGCUAUUGUUCUUAGGUAGUGCGGUACCUAGUUGGAGCGCAGCGGAGACCAAUCCUUAAUCUAGGGUUUGUGGCUUUAUUUUAAAACUGCGCAUCACCUCACUAACUAGUAGUGAUGUGUAUCUUACAGAUUUUUAUCGAUUAAAUAAAACGUACCUACGUUAAAGUCAAAAAUGUUAUUAUGACCUAUAAAACAUGGAUAAGUAUAUUUUCUUCGUCUUAUCUGGCCUUACUUCGAAUCUAAGUCGAUUCCAGCCAAGUUAAGAAACGUAAUAAGUUUUUAAACUAUAUAUGUAAAAAAAUGUUUCGACUGAUUUACUUAUCUUUGUGUAGUUAUAAAUUUACAUUCAUGCGAUUGUUCAGAGUUGUACGCGCCUCCAACAGUUUUCGCUUAAGACAUUUUCAUUUUAAGUGCCACAUAUUUUAUGCCACAAUAUUUUUUUUAUUAUUAUAAUUUGUAAAGAAUGCAUUUUGUAAAUAAGUACAAGAGAUUGAAACUCGGAAAAUAGUUUAUAAGGAUAUUAAUUUAUUAAAAUACUCUUAUGUACUUGUUUUGUUCAAUACCUGUUUUAGCAAAAUGUGCACCUUAUAGUUUUAGUAACAAACUAUCAAUAAUAGGAAUGUAGUUAAUAUGUGUCAGUCUUAGUGGCCCACAACUUUCGAAAACAUAGUUUUUGUUAAUAGUUAGAUAUGUGAAACAAUAUUAUGUAUAAAAUUAUUUAACUAUCGUGACUUGUAAAUAUUGUUCUUCUAAUCUUAGUUUAUUACAUAUGUAUUAUUAGUUUAAUAUAAUAAAUUGUAUAAGUUUAGCUUAAUAAGAUUUUAUGUAAGUAUAUACAAGUUGGAUAUUUGUUGCGAAUUAAGAAAUGAUUUUCGUAAAUGCCUUUGUUUCUAAAUUUGAUAUUAAAUUUGGUUGGUUUUGAUACUAUCCAUACAAAUAUAUUUAACAGUAGAUCGACAGUUUUUAUGAUUAAUAAUUUAUAAAAUGUGCAUUAUUUUUGUAUACAUGAAAUAACUAAUGAAAUUACCUCGCAUUUGGAAUGUAGAUUUUGAAAUAUUAUUAUUAUAGAAUUUUCGAAAAAAGAAAUUAUAAAUAUUUGAUUUAAGUACAGUAUCCAAAAAUCAUGCACAUUAUAUUUAGUAUUGUCAAAGUUGAAAUAUUGGAUCAAUUUAGUUUGAAGAAUGAGUUGAAUUAACAAUCUGUUUGUUCUGAAUAUAUUACCUAUGUAUGAACUAUGAACGCAUUAAAAAGGCCAUUUGAAGAUGGUUAGUGUAUUUAUUAAAGACCUACUGUUAAAUGUAUUACUUACCGUAGUCUUAAGAAUGUAAUUUAACGUAUGUUAAUGACCAAUGAAAACCAACUUGUGAUCAAUAAUAUUUGUACUGUUGCCUACUACUUAACAAGAGUCGUUAAAAAAAUAUUAUAAAAAAUUGAACAUAUUUUUCGGCUGUUGAAAAAUUGUAAAUACAAUAUUAAGGAUAAUAAAACUAUUUGGAUUAAUAUUUAGGAGACAAAAAGAAAAAUAUUAUCGAAAUUUAUAUUUUCAAAAAUUAUUACAAAUGCAAAAAAUGUGUAUAUUGAUGGAAGGUUCGGCCAUAAUCAAAAUUAUUGAAAACGGAAUUUUUUAUCGACUUAUGCACAUCACUACAAACACAGACGAGCAGUACGGUACACAGUUAAUAAAAGUGCGAUGCGAUAUUGUACGUAAUCAGUAUUUAUAAGGAAACAGAUUUUUCGUCAACACUAAUACGAUUUCUAUCAUUAAUAAUAAUCCCUACUGAUAUUUCAUAGAAUUAAACAUAAAAUAAUAAUAUGUGUUUAUCAAAAUAUAGCGAUAAUAUUAUUAUAAACCAUUUAGAUGUCAAGUCGAUAAUUUGAAGCCUAAAAUAAUUGUUAUGCUUUUAUAUCGAUAUAAUAACGAAAAAUCUGAUUCCCAACAAACACUAGUGUAAUAGAAAUGGCAUACAAGGGAUGUCGAGUACAAAAUAAUUAAUUAUCUGUAAAACUGCUAGUCCGUUACGUUAACUAAAGUUUACUAUAAUUAUUACACGGCAAAAUCGCAUUGCACCCUGGUUUUCAUGACGCGCAUGUAUUUAAUAGUAAUAAUAGUUUAAAUAAUGAGAAUCUACUACACAUAACUUCACAUGUAACACAUAUUCAAACCAAACUGUAACAGUAUAUAAUAGCGUAUUAAUUUUUCUUCCUGUAAUGGUUCCGAUUGAAUGACUAUGGCUGCUGGAUUAUGAAGAAAUGCAGAAUAAAGGCAGAUAACUGUUUGAA